GUAUGAUCCUCUUAGAAGAGUCCUAAAAAUAAAAGAAGAAAAAAAUUAUUUUCAUUGCAAAUCACCUUUAAUGACCAUACAUAUAUAGGUAAUUAUAAAUAGAAUUUUUUAAAAAAAAAAUUGGGAGGCCAGCUUCAGAUUUUCUAUAUAAGAUCUCCAUUACUGAUCACCAUAAUUCAACUGCUAUUAAUAGAAUUUUGCAAACAGAAUCGGGGGAAGUGCCCUCUGUCUGUCUCUCAUCGUAUACAAAAAGGUUGAAGAAGAAGUUAGCAACCCCACAUGAAAAAUGGCAGAAUCCAAGGAGUCAAAGUUUCACAUAGCCAUGUUUUCAUGGUUAGCCUUCGGCCACAUGACUGCAUUCCUCCGUCUAGCUAACAAACUUGCAGAAAGAGGACACAGGAUCUCUUUCUUGUUGCCAAAAAAAGCUCAACUUCAGCUGCAACAUUCCAAUCUUCAUCCUCAUCUAAUCACCUUCCAUACCAUGACCGUCCCACACGUCCAAGGCCUUCCUCCUGGCACCGAGACCGCUUCAGAAAUAACCAUUUUCUUGAAUGGUCAUCUAGCCACCGCCAUGGACCUAAUGCGUGACCAAGUAGAAGAAUCGCUGCGCCUUUUGAAACCCGAUUUUGUUUUCUAUGACUUUGCUCAUUGGAUUCCGGCAAUAGCAUCCAAGAUUGGCUCCAAAACCGUAUGCUACAAUCCUGUUUCUGCAGCGUCAUUGGCUAUUGCAUUAGUCCCGGCCGCAUGUAUAGGUCCAUCAGCAGAUGAGUUGAUACAGCCACCACCAGGAUACCCCUCUUCCAUAGUCCUUUUAAGCGGAUAUGAAGGUCGUGCAUUGUCAUUUGUAUCGUUAGAGUUUGGCCGUGGCGUAACAUUUUAUGACCGAGUCACAACGGCCAUGAAAGAAUGCAAUGCAAUCUCUAUCAGGACAUGCCAGGAAAUAGAAGGACACUUCUGUGACUACAUAGGAAGCCAGUUUGGAAAGCCUGUGUUGCUGACAGGACCAGCCUUGCCUGAACCGGAUAAAACACAAUUGGAAGACGAUCGGUGGGUCAAGUGGCUCAAUGGGUUCGAGCCAGGAUCAGUGGUUUUCUGCGCAUUUGGAAGUCAAUGGAUCCUUGAAAAGAACCAAUUUCAGGAACUACUUUUAGGGUUUGAGUUAACAGGCCUGCCAUUUUUGGUAGCUGCAAGACCACCCUCAGGUUCGACAUCAGUAGAAGAAGCAUUUCCAGAGGGGUUAGAAGAGAGAGUUGAAGGGAGAGGAGUGGUUUAUGGAGAAUGGAUAGAACAACCAGCAAUACUGGCUCACCCAUCAGUUGGGUGUUUUGUGAGUCACGGUGGGUUUGGAUCAAUGUGGGAGUCUUUGAUGACUGAUAAUCAGAUAGUGCUUGUACCACAACUGGGCGAUCAAAUCUUGAAUACUAAGUUAAUGGCCGAAGAACUGAAGGUUGCAGUGGAGGUAGAGAGGGAUGAAAAUGGAUGGUUUUCAAAGGAGAACUUGUGCAAUGCCAUCAAGUGCGUGACAGACAAAGACAGUGAAAUGGGUUGUCUGAUUCAGAAAAACCAUGAAAAGUGGAAGACGACCCUAUCAAGGCAAGGCUUCAUGAGCGGGUACAUUGAUAAGUUUAUACAGAAUCUGCACCAGCUUUAGCUCAAUUUCACAUGAACAACCACCAACUGAUGAGGGUGUAACUUUUGGAUAGUCAUUUUUAAUUCAGUCAAAGUCUAUUAGUUUC